CCGGGCUGCGGGUCACGUGACUCUCUCCAUCGGUCUGGAUCUCUGUCUCUCUCGGUAUGGCGGAGAUGGAGCGCUUCACUGAUGGAGCUCGUCCUGCCGUGUAACAGCCGCUAUCUAUGCUCGCUGGAAGCGGGGGAGCUGCUGUAGUUCGUGGGGAACCGCUCUGCGCUGUGCUUUAGCCGCCUCUCCGCUCAGGCAUGGCGGAGCGAGGUGUGGAGGUGUCCGCUCUGCCCGCGGAGGUCCGGGAGCAGCUCGCCGAGCUAGACCUGGAGCUGUCCGAGGGUGACAUCACGCAAAAAGGAUAUGAGAAGAAGAGGGCUAAGCUACUUGCUCCUUACAUCAUCCAAGCACAAAAUUUGGCUCCGCCCCCACAGCAGGAUGGACAGGAGCCUGGCCCAAGCUCUGCCACUGCACCUAGUAACGCUUCCUCAAGCUCCUCAUCCUCUCGCCAUCGCCGCACACGCCGACCGCACCGCAGUGGUGGAACCAGAGAUGAACGCUAUAGAUCAGAUAUCCAUACUGAGGCUGUACAGGCUGCCUUAGCCAAACAUAAAGAGGAGAAGAUGGCGCUGCCUAUGCCGACCAAACGGCGCUCAACAUAUGUGCAGUCACCCAUCGACAACUGCACCCCACCAGACUCCUCCUCUUCCUCGGAUGAUGAAGGUGGGGUGAGUGGUGAAAGUGGCGAACAGCAGCAGUCUCCUGACUCCUGGAUGAACAGCUCCAUCCAUGGCUCGUCCACUUCCUCAUCCUCAGCCUCCUCCACAAUGUCCCAUGGCGAGUCUCGCCCACCGCAAGCCCCGCAGCCCCAGAGCCAGCAGCAGCUUCCCCCACAGUACCCCCCACCACCCCACUCACACUCACAGCCCUCUGCCCUUGCCGAGGCCUUCGCUCACGCACGCAUCGUGACAAGAACAGGACGAGAUCCUCCAGCAGGUGCUCUGGGGCCUGAUGGCGCUCCACAGGCUCAAGCCAGGGCGAGAGGCUCGCGUGUGGACCUGCCUUCCAACGUUGUGGUGAGAGGAAUGAGCCGCGGACAGAGCAGAUCAAGCAUGAUGGAGACUGCUGACGUGAGAAGAGUGGGGAAAGGUGUUCCAGUGUCCAGCCGCGUGUCCACUAAGAUCCAGCAGUUGCUCAACACACUGAAAAGGCCCAAACGACCCCCACUCAGCGAGUUUUUUAUGGACGACCAGGAGGAGAUUGUAGAAGUUCCUCGGCCAGAUCCUAACACCCCAAAGCCAGAGGGCCGGCAGAUAAUUCCAGUAAAAGGGGAGCCACUGGGUGUGGUCAGUAAUUGGCCUCCUGCCCUCCAGGCUGCAUUGACCCGAUGGGGAGCCACUCAGGGCAAAAGCCCUGCCCUCACAGCCCUUGACAUUACAGGAAAACCACUCUACACACUCACAUAUGGGAAACUGUGGAGUCGUAGUGUUAAGCUGGCCUACACACUCCUUAACAAGCUGGGGACCAAGAACGAACAGAUCCUCAAACCAGGAGACCGGGUGGCACUGGUGUACCCCAACAGUGACCCAGGGAUGUUCUGGGUGGCGUUUUAUGGCUGUCUGCUUGCAGAGGUGAUUCCUGUGCCCAUAGAAGUGCCAUUGUCCCGCAAGGAUGCAGGCAGUAGUCAGAUUGGCUUCUUAUUGGGCAGCUGUGGGGUUAGUCUGGCCCUGACCAGUGAGAUUUGCCUAAAGGGUUUACCGAAAACCCCCACUGGAGAAAUACUGCAGUUCAAAGGCUGGCCAAGACUAAAAUGGGUAAUUACUGACUCUAAAUACCUCACAAAACCUUCAAAAGACUGGCAGCCACAUAUCCCGACUGCUAAUACAGACACUGCAUAUAUAGAGUAUAAGGCGAGUAAGGAGGGGACAGUGAUGGGUGUUGCUGUGUCGAAGGUCGCCAUGCUAACACAUUGUCAGGCCCUCACACAGGCCUGUAACUACUGUGAGGGUGAAACACUGGUGAAUGUUCUGGACUUUAAGAAGGACAUGGGUCUGUGGCAUGGAGUUCUCACAAGUGUGAUGAACCGGAUUCACACCAUCAGUGUUCCUUAUGCAGUAAUGAAAGCCUGUCCUCUGUCCUGGGUCCAGCGGGUUCACAUACACAAAGCGCGUAUUGCCUUGGUGAAGUGUCGUGACCUACACUGGGCCAUGAUGGCACACAGAGAGCAGAGAGACAUUAGCCUGGCCUCCCUGCGUAUGCUGAUUGUCGCUGAUGGAGCCAAUCCCUGGUCCGUAUCAUCAUGUGAUGCUUUUUUGAACGUGUUCCAGGCUCACGGUCUGAAGCCAGAGGUCAUCUGUCCAUGUGCUACCUCCCCUGAGGCCAUGACUGUGGCCAUUCGCAGGCCUGGAGUUCCUGGCGCUCCUCUCCCAGCACGGGCCAUCCUCUCAAUGACCGGCCUGAGCCAUGGGGUUAUCAGGGUCAACACAGAGGACAAAAACUCUGCCCUCACUGUCCAGGACGUGGGCCAUGUCAUGCCUGGAGCUUUGAUGUGCAUCGUGAAGCCGGAUGGGCCGCCCAUGCUGUGUAAGACUGAUGAGAUAGGAGAGAUUGUGGUGAACUCUCGUGCUGGGGGGACCAUGUACUACGGACUGUCUGGAGUCACCAAAAACACAUUUGAGGUUAUUCCAGUUAAUGCUAGUGGCGCCCCUAUUGGAGAAAUCCCAUUUGUGCGCUCUGGACUGCUGGGAUUUGUAGGACCGGGAAGUUUGAUAUUUGUGGUGGGGAAGAACGAGGGCUUGUUGACGGUCAGUGGCCGUCGACACAAUGCUGAUGACCUGGUGGCUACAGCUCUAGCAGUGGAGCCGGUAAAGACUGUGUACAGAGGCAGGAUUGCUGUGUUCUCAGUGACAGUGUUCUAUGAUGAGCGAAUAGUAAUAGUGGCGGAGCAGCGGCCUGAUGCCAGUGAAGAGGACAGCUUCCAGUGGAUGAGCCGAGUACUGCAGGCCAUAGACAGCAUCCAUCAGGUGGGCCUGUAUUGCUUAGCAUUGGUUCCUGCCAACACGCUGCCAAAGACUCCUCUGGGGGGCAUACACAUUUCUGAGACUAAACAGCUGUUUCUGGAGGGCUCACUGCACCCCUGCAACAUCCUCAUGUGCCCCCACACCUGCGUCACCAACAUGCCCAAACCACGGCAGAAACAGCCAGUUGGUGUGGGUCCUGCCUCUAUUAUGGUGGGUAACCUGGUUGCUGGGAAGAGAAUUGCUCAGGCAGCAGGCAGAGAUUUGGGAAUGAUAGAGGAUCAAGACCUCGUCAGAAAGCUGUGCAUGUGGCCUACUAUGAUGCACCAGUUCCUCACAGAGGCUUUGCAGUGGAGAGCACAAACAGACCCUGAUCAUGUGCUCUAUGUGCUGCUAAAUGCAAAGGGUGUAGCAGUAUGUACGGCUACAUGUGUUCAGCUUCACAAAAGAGCAGAAAAGAUUGCGGCUGCGCUCAUGGAAAGAAGCGGCAUUAACACUGGAGAGAAUGUUGUGUUGUUAUACCCACCAGGAAUUGAUCUGAUUGCUGCAUUUUAUGGCUGUUUGUAUGCUGGUUGUAUUCCUGUCACCGUGAGACCACCACAUCCACAGAACCUCUCAGCCACACUUCCCACAGUCCGCAUGAUCAUUGACGUCAGUAAGGCUGCUUGCAUCCUCACUACUCAGGUUCUAAUGAAGAUUCUUAGAUCGAAAGAAGCAGCCGCUUCUGUCAACAUAAAAACAUGGCCCAUCAUAAUAGACACAGAUGACCUUCCACGCAAGCGCCCCCCCUCCAUCUACAAACCUCCAUCCGCAGAGAUGAUUGCGUACCUGGACUUCAGUGUCUCCACCACAGGCAUGCUUACAGGGGUCAAGAUUUCUCAUGCGGCAGUGAGUGCUCUGUGUCGCUCCAUAAAGCUGCAGUGUGAGCUCUACUCCUCACGCCAGAUCGCCAUCUGCCUCGACCCUUACUGUGGACUCGGCUUUGUGCUCUGGUGCCUUGCGAGUGUGUACUCAGGUCAUCAAUCAAUCCUGAUUCCUCCUCUGGAGCUGGAGAGCUCACUGUCUCUGUGGCUGAGCACGCUCAGUCAGUACCGCAUCAGAGACACCUUCUGCUCCUACUCUGUCAUGGAACUCUGCACUAAGGGCCUCGGAGGACAGACUGAGAUCCUCAAGACUCGGGGAUUGAACCUGUCAUGUGUGAGGAGUUGUGUGGUUGUUGCUGAGGAGCGUCCACGUCUGGCUCUCACACAGUCCUUCUCUAAACUCUUCAAAGACCUAGGACUUUCUUCAAGAGCAGUCAGCACCGCCUUUGGAUCUAGAGUUAACCUGGCCAUCUGUCUGCAGGGUACCACUGGACCAGACCCUUCUACUGUGUUUGUGGACAUGAAGUCCCUACGACAUGAUAGGGUAAGACUGGUUGAAAGAGGAGCACCUCAGUCUCUUCCUCUGAUGGAGUCUGGAACAAUCCUUCCUGGAGUGAGGGUGAUAAUAGUGAAUCCAGAAACCAGGGGGCCGCUAGGGGAUUCUCAUCUGGGAGAGAUUUGGGUGAACAGUCCUCACACAGCGACAGGCUACUACACCAUCUACGGAGAGGAGAGCCUGCAGGCUGACCACUUCAACACCAAACUCAGCUUUGGAGAUCCACAAACACUCUGGGCCAGGACUGGAUACCUCGGCUUUAUUAAAAGGACUGAACUCACAGACUCCAGUGGAGACCGUCAUGAUGCUUUGUUUGUGGUGGGAUCUCUGGAUGAAACCCUGGAACUUAGGGGUCUGCGCUACCACCCUAUCGACAUAGAAACAAGCGUAUGUCGGGCUCAUCGCAGUAUCGGUGAAAGUGCUGUGUUUACCUGGACUAAUCUGCUUGUGGUCGUGUCAGAACUGUGCGGAUCAGAGCAGGACGCGCUGGACUUGGUCCCUUUGAUUACUAACGUGGUGCUAGAGGAGCAUCACCUGAUCGUAGGCGUGGUGGUGAUUGUUGAUCCUGGGGUCAUCCCUAUCAACUCUCGUGGUGAGAAACAGAGAAUGCACCUGAGAGACUCUUUCCUGGCCGAUCAGUUAGACCCCAUCUAUGUGGCCUACAACAUGUGAGUCAGCCCAAAUCCAGGCUUUGGAGUUAAAGAGCAGGCUGGAGAAGAUCUACAGAUCUGCAUAAAGAUUGAGACUUCUGCCUUAUGGCACAUAUGCUGGGUUUGAGUCUUCAUGAUGUGUAGAAGACUUCGUUGUUGCUUCACUAUGGGCAGAGUAUCAACUAUAAGUAAAAAAAAACCAUAAUGACAGACACUCAGAGGGUAGGAGAAGGUCAACAUACUGUUUUUUUUCCUUUUGAAACAGAGUGUUUAUUUAUUUUCUCCCCAAUAUCAGCAUUCCCAGUACCAACAUCUUCAGCAAAAUUAAUUAUUUUAAAAAUCUGAUCUAGUUUUUGCACCACUGCUACUUCAACCCUCUUCUAGCACUCAGUUAGUUUAAGCACUUUUAAGAGGGAUAAACUCUGUGUUUUGUACUGGGACAUGUUUUGAAUGAUCUAGUAAGUGAUCGUAUUGAUGAACUCUUGGUUUUAUUGACUGUUUGCUUCCUGUCAACCUGUAAGUGAAAAACUAACUAACCUAAUCAUUUCAGUGUGUGGAAUUAGGUAUUUACUUUUACUUCUGCGAACAUUAAACAGUCCUUUGGUUAAAGGACUGUAUCCACCACAACUGCAAUAUAGUUUUUAUUACAUUUUUGGAUUAUGUUUUGUUUUAUUUGAUGGAACUCAAAAUGGCUCAGUGAGCUGAAUUGAAUACAGCGUUUUGUUACAGACACUGAACUUUUAUUUACAAUGGUAUUAGGUCUGAUGUGUAGAAUUGCAAUUCGUUUAAAAUGUUAUUUUUAGUCAUUUUCUUUCUAUUUGUGUAUCAAUGCAAAUCUCAAAGGGAACUCAAAUGUAGGCUAAAAAUGGCUAAUGGUGUUUGUGAUGCUAUGAAAGUAGAGAAAUACUUAGCCAUUGACUCUUCUUAAGAUGGGUAAGGAAGGUUUUUUUUUUAUUAAUCAUUAUUUGAAAUGUUUGUGUCAUACACAUGGUGUCAUGUAGUUUGAAUGGAAGAUGAAAGACAUAUAUACAUCUCUUCAGUUCUUACUUCAAAACGGAAUGACAAGAACCAAAAUUAUAUACAUUACUGGCACUUUCCAGCCCACUACUUCAGCAUUAGGACAAGUUUUUUUUCCUUUCUUGAUCCAUUUAUGCACUUUAUGAAAGGCAUGAGGACUAUUAACAGCAAAUCAAAAGGGCAUUUUUGUCACAGUGCUGUGAUAUUAUCUUAAAAAUAGUUCUUAUUCACAGCAUAAUAUAAAUAAUGUAGGUACUGACAGACAUCACUAACAUGCUUGUAUGUGCAGCACAGUCUGUACACAUGAAAAAUCUUUGAAAAAUAGACAUAGUACCAGUCAAAAGUUUGGACACACCCACAGGAUUUUUGUUCAUUUUUAACUACAUUACCAGAUUCCAGCAGUCCUUAAGAAGUUCGAAUGUGCAUACUUGGAGGACAUUUAAGACUAUUUUUAUUACAUUUUUUAUAGCAAUUUCUAAGCAUCAACUUCACCAUUUAUAUUGAAUUAAAAACUAAUUUUAAGUACUUAAGCAUAACCCUUUAGUUAAAACUGUCAAAUGUCAUGCAUUCAAUCACUUUUGACUGGUACUGUAUGUUACAUGGAUAUGUAAAUAAAUACAUUUACAUAUCUGCCAUCUGCCAUUCUCACAUACAUAUUCAAGGAGAUUUGAUGCUUUCACCACUGAGGUACAAGGAGAUGACAUCAUACAAGUGCAUCAUACAAGCGCACACAGUCAUACACCCACUGGCUUACCAAAUAACCCACAGUCAAACCUAACAGCCAUGGUCUCUGGGACAUUCUGCUCCUUUUCUUCUCUCAUCUUAAGGUGCUUAGGAACAUCAGGACAAACUUUUCUGACUUCUAACUGGCAGGAAUGAAACCAGGAAUCUGUACAUGUAACCACUUUUACUGUAAAAUAGCAAACUGUACAAAGGCAGAGAUUUUACAUGCUCAAGUAUCAUUUCAGAAGGACAGUGGACACUUUCUGUACUGCACAGAGAUUUGUAUUGGGGUGCAGCUCAGACACCUGUGAACCACAGACUCUGUACAGAUGAAGAUAUGUACUGUACUGUAAUGUCCUUUGCUGUUCUCUGUCACAUUCUUGGUUGGUAUGAGUUUGAAUAACUGCUGUCAGUCAUGAUUUUGAGAUGCCCUCGGCUGGUCGAAUGGGAAUUUAAAGUGUAACUGAUUCAUUGUAAAUAGCUUGCUCUGUUUCUUUUCCUUUGUUAACACUUUGUGUGGCCUGCAUUUAGUUCUGUUCUGUUCCAGCUUCUUUUGAUGUUUAAGAGCAGAAACUUGCAUGAAAAAUCCAAGCACUGUGGGAGAUGGAAAGAAACUAUGUUGUAAUAACUCACCCAUGUAGAAUCAUGAUUUUAUUCAACCAUUAUUCUUCAUGGCGUGUGUGUGUGUGAGUGUGUGUAUGUCUGAGAGUUUAUGUGAGCAUGCCUGUGUGGAUGUUCAGGCGUGUCAAUUUUGGUUGUGGAGGAACAACAAUUAUGUGACUGUGAGUACACAGCUGAAUGGCAUUACUUUUCUAAUUAUGUUUUCACUGUGUUUAUCCCAAAAUCAGUUACACUAUUAUGAAUGGCAUUGUUUGGUUGCUAUUCUCAUAGUGAGGUGGAAUGUGUGGCUUUAGGUUCAAGCACAAAUCAGAGGAUGAACGUUUAUGUGGAAAUAUUCAGGGAAACAGUGCUUUCCAACUGUAAAGGGGUUUACUGUAUAUUCACUAAGAUACUUAGGGUAAAGUAAACAGGCUUUUUUGAAAAAUUGCUUUGCUUGCUGAUGUCUGCCUGCUGUGAAUAAGAAUGGGAAUAUGAGAGAAUGGCCAGGUAGAGGACUGCAUCUAAUAGGUACACUUUUCUCACUAUGCAAGCAGCUGUUCCACAGUCACAGUCCACAGUGCACACACAUACACACACUCACACCUCUACAGCCUGACAAAAGCACUCAAGAGGGAAAAAAAACACCCAUUUGGGGAACAGGCCUAAUGUAGAUUGGGAACAUUCAUAACCAUGACCAGAGAAUGCACUCCUCUCUUGUGUUGGUAUAUACUUUUAGUAAGUUUCAAUUAAUAAUAAUUACAGUAAUAAUGACAAUGUCAUGUUAUAGUUAAAAAGGGGUUGAUUUUGUGAUACUUUAACGUCAUGUAUAAAUAUUAAUGGAGCAACGUCAUUAUUAUGCAACCCUGUCCCCAUUAACUUUCACCUGUUUGAUUUUGUACAUUGGUUAAUUACUGUUUUAUAUUUAAAUGGCAAAAAAAGAAUUAAAAGCUUUUAUUUUGCAGCA